CCCCACCCCACCCCCCUCUCCUCUCCUCCUCCUCUUUUUUAGAAGCAGCGAUCGGAGAUGGAUGUCUCUCUUUGCCCAGCCAAGUGUAGUUUCUGGCGGAUUUUCUUGCUGGGAAGCGUCUGGCUGGACUAUGUGGGCUCCGUGCUGGCUUGCCCUGCAAAUUGUGUCUGCAGCAAGACUGAGAUCAAUUGCCGGCGGCCGGACGAUGGGAACCUCUUCCCCCUCCUGGAAGGGCAGGAUUCAGGGAACAGCAAUGGGAAUGCCAGCAUCAACAUCACGGACAUCUCAAGGAAUAUCACUUCCAUACACAUAGAGAACUGGCGCGGUCUGCACACGCUCAACGCUGUGGACAUGGAGCUCUACACCGGCCUCCAGAAGCUGACCAUCAAGAACUCAGGACUUCGGAGCAUCCAGCCCAGAGCUUUUGCCAAGAACCCCCACCUGCGCUACAUAAACCUGUCGAGUAACCGGCUCACCACACUCUCAUGGCAGCUCUUCCAGACGCUGAGUCUUCGGGAAUUGAGAUUGGAGCAGAACUUCUUCAACUGCAGCUGUGACAUCCGCUGGAUGCAGCUGUGGCAGGAGCAGGGGGAGGCCAAGCUGAACAGCCAGAGCCUCUAUUGCAUCAGUGCCGAUGGCUCCCAGCUCCCCCUCUUCCGCAUGAACAUUAGCCAGUGUGACCUUCCUGAGAUCAGUGUGAGCCACGUCAAUCUGACCGUUCGGGAGGGUGACAAUGCUGUUGUCACCUGCAAUGGCUCUGGAUCACCCCUGCCCGACGUGGACUGGAUCGUCACUGGACUGCAGUCCAUCAACACCCACCAGACAAAUCUGAAUUGGACCAAUGUACAUGCCAUCAACCUGACACUGGUCAAUGUGACAAGUGAGGACAACGGCUUCACCCUGACGUGCAUUGCAGAGAACGUGGUGGGCAUGAGCAAUGCCAGCGUCGCCCUCACUGUUCACUACCCCCCACGAGUGGUGAGCCUGGAGGAGCCAGAGCUGCGCCUGGAACACUGCAUCGAGUUUGUGGUGCGUGGCAACCCACCGCCCACGCUGCACUGGCUGCACAACGGGCAGCCGCUGCGUGAGUCCAAGAUCACCCACGUGGAGUACUACCAGGAGGGCGAGGUCUCCGAGGGCUGCCUGCUCUUCAACAAGCCCACCCACUACAACAAUGGCAACUACACACUCAUUGCCAAGAACCCCUUGGGCACAGCCAACCAGACCAUCAAUGGCCACUUCCUCAAGGAGCCUUUUCCAGAGAGCACGGAUAACUUUGUCUCUUUCUAUGAAGUGAGCCCCACCCCUCCCAUCACUGUGACGCACAAGCCAGAGGAAGAUACAUUUGGGGUAUCCAUAGCUGUUGGACUUGCCGCUUUUGCCUGUGUCCUGCUGGUGGUUCUCUUUAUCAUGAUCAACAAGUAUGGUCGACGGUCCAAAUUUGGAAUGAAGGGUCCCGUGGCUGUCAUCAGUGGUGAAGAGGACUCAGCCAGCCCACUGCAUCACAUCAACCAUGGCAUCACCACGCCCUCGUCACUGGACGCUGGGCCGGACACAGUGGUCAUUGGCAUGACCCGCAUCCCAGUCAUUGAGAACCCCCAGUACUUCCGCCAGGGACACAACUGCCACAAGCCAGACACAUGGGUCUUUUCAAACAUAGACAAUCAUGGGAUAUUAAACUUGAAGGACAAUAGAGAUCAUCUAGUCCCAUCAACUCACUAUAUAUAUGAGGAACCUGAGGUCCAGAGUGGGGAAGUGUCUUACCCAAGGUCACAUGGUUUCAGAGAAAUUAUGUUGAAUCCAAUAAGCCUUCCUGGACAUUCCAAGCCUCUUAACCAUGGCAUCUAUGUUGAGGAUGUCAAUGUUUAUUUCAGCAAAGGACGUCAUGGCUUUUAAAAACUCCUUUUAAGCCUCCCUGUUUUGAUGUCACCUUGGUAGGCUGGGCCCUCUGAGAGGUUGGAAGCUCUAGGCAUUCUUCUGUCUGGAUCCAGGGAUGCUAAGUAGAAACCACAUGAGCCACCGGAGCCCCCGCACCCUUUAACCACCAAGACGGGGUGUUUCCCCCCAUCCACCACUGGCAGGGUUGCCCUUUCCUUCCAAUCAUCACUGUGCUCCUUUUUUUCCGGCCUCCAAGGCAGCUCCUGCCAUCAUCUUUAGAGCCAAUAAAGAGAAUUAAAAACCUGUGCGCCAGGAACCAUCUUUUAAACAUCCUAGCCAUUCUCUUGCUUUCCAAAAACAACCCAACCACCACGAGAAAGCCUGAUGAAGUCCAGCUGUGCUCCGGCCUCCCUUUCCCUGCUCGGAAGUGUGGGGUCUCCCCGGCCCCCCCAGGACACCGGGCUGUCCACUUAGGGACCUCGUCGUCCUGCAGCCUCCCGUGGGGAAGAACAUCUAAGCAGAGGUGGAGACGGCGCGGUGACAGGAGGGGGAGCCAGGCCCAAGUCCUGGCACCAGAUUAGGUCUCAGAGGAAAGAAUGGAAACCAAUCCGUUUCUAUAAAUAUAUAUAUAUAUAAUUAUUAUUAUUAUUAUUAUUUUUGGUGGAGAAAACCGUACCUUUUUUUGGACACACUUCCCCCUUGCUUCCUCUCCUGUCUGGAACUGCUCACAGUGAGUGUGACAUUAGGAAGCCCCGUGGAGAGGAGGACCUCUCUAGGGCUCCUCAACCCCUAGACCCGCAGCUUCGACACGCUUUGGCUGCAGGAGGUCUUGCCUGUGGACUGGCCUUCCUACUGGGACCACAAGGGACCGAGGGAAUCAGGGACCGAGGCCCUUCCUGCUGGUCCACAUUCCCGGGAGUGGCUCUCUUCCCCCACUUUUACUUACUCUUGACUCUGAGAACUUUCGGAACCCAAUGGAAUCAGCAUUUCAAGGCCAAGAGGAACUGAAGGGGAAGAGAAGUAACAGUUGGUUCCUCCAGCCCCUCUCAUGGCACCUGUGGAAGUGUCUUCCUGUUCUCUGGUCAAGAUCUGUGUUUACUUUGCUUGCUUUGACCUCUGCCUUACUCCAUGGCCACCCCUUCCCAUAGAGGGCGUGGUUUCCCCCAUCUUCCACUCCAUCCAUGGAUAGAGAGACGGGGGUGCCCCUCCCUGCCUCAGUAGGAAAGAGACAGUGUAGGCCUGAACCGCUCCCAGAUUUGCUGCCAUAUGGCUGAGGCGCCUUGGCCCAGUCCCCCCACCCACCCGACAUCCCUCUGUCACAGGGGUUCAGCACAGGCGCUCCCCUGGAGGGUGGAGCCCGGAGCAGAGGACCACUCUUAGAACAAAAUGGUGGUGGUCUGAUCCCACUCACAAAGUUUUGGAGCGAUGAUGCACGGUGAUAGAUGACAGAUUCUCUGCCUUUGGCAACUCUACUUGGGGGCUAAAAUUCCCAUUUAGGAUUUUACAUCCUGAGUCCUGUGGGUGGUGGGAUUUCCAGCUUGUUUCUGCAGGCACCUCCACAGGGUUUAAGACCACAGAGCUUUCCAAGUUCAUGCCCAGUACCUGGGGUGGCCUCCUGGGCACCUGCAUGUCUGGAGUAUCGCCGGAGAUUCGGGUUCUCUCCAGGGCCUUGAGGUGUGUGUCUGUGUAGCCUCCCAACCCUGGCUCCCCACCACCCCGUCACUUUGUCAGGCUGUUUUCCAUCCUGUCCCACCAGCCCCCUAAGCCAAGGCCUCCUACCGAGUGUGGCUUUAAGGAGUAAGCUUGAGGAUGAUUUUUUUUUUUUUAAUUAUUGUAAGUCAUUACCUCAUUUCCAGCCUCCCAGACUCCAUCCAUCUCAGCAUCUUUUAUUCUGCCAUUUUCUUCACCUUGUGCUAUGACAAUGGGGCGUUGUGUUUCCACAGAGACUUAUAGGAGUGUUCAGUGUAUAGUUUCUUAAUAAACACUUUAUUUUCUAAUGAAA